AUGGCCUAUCCCGAGAAAGCCAUCCAUCCCGGUGAGAUGAAGCUUGUGGUUCCCCAUAACGACAAGUGUCACCCGGUGGUGGGCCGCACGUACACGGAGCAGUGCCGGGACCAGCUUGGCACCGUCAUCGGUCUGAUAACGGGAGGCAAGAAGUCUUUGCCGAAGCUACCCUGUAAGGAAUUUCCAGGACCAGUGUUUUGGAACGAACUGCGGCAGGUUCCAGACAACGAUACAGAGUUGAACCAUUCAAUUUCCGCCGAAGAAAGUGGAGAGUCCAUCAGAGAAGCUCACCAGGAUGAGGAGCUCCCCAACGAGACAGUAUUACCUAGCCUCACAACUCUUUUCGAGCAGGUUCUUGCUGUCGUGCCUAUCGGCCACGAAGUGAUAGCAUGCCUUUGGUCUAUGGAUACCCCAGCGGUUGGCAGACUUGCCUCCGCUUCCAAGGCUUGUUUGGAUGCAGUAGCUAUCUAUGUGUCUCGCUUUCAUCUCCCUCUCGGCGAUUACCAAGACUGCGAUUGGCUUCCCUCUGCGCUUGACGGGAUCGAUGACGCACGACGAUCGACGAUUGGGAUCGGCUGCAACCUCUUCAUUCGGGGUAGAGAUCCCAGUGUUGCUCCCGGGGACAUCAAGGGCAUUCCGAAGGCCUGGUUGAGCCACAAGACGCGCAACACGUUGUGGAACAUUGCGCAGGACAACAAAGCGGACGCGGACACCUAUGAGAAAUUUUUCCCGUUCCUAGUCAAUGACAAGAGACUCCUCGAUGCUGAAGCCAAGUUAGGUGCUAGGCUUCAAGAGCAGGGUCUGUUCUAUAUGGAGGCGGCGAACCACUAUCUACAAGAGGUGUCAUACAACAUCCCAAUGUUACGUUCGCUCAACCAAUACGGCGGUGCCCUGAAGAAUAUCCGUCUGCACGAAGUUCCCAUGAUGGACACGCGAAUCGUUGAGAUGAUUCUCGUGACAUGCCCACAGCUCGAGAUUUUAGGAGCCAUUAACUGCGAGCUACUUCACGUUGGCCAUCUCAUCCCACUACUGGACCUUGUCUACUGGAACUCAAAAAGGAUGGUAAAGAAACCAGUUGUUCUUCAGUUCUAUCCUCGAACGUACUUUGGCCCGCUAAACAAUCGUCUUGGUACUCACAUCGUCUCAUGGGACCCGAUCAAUGUCAACGUUCUAACCAGCUUCUUCACCACAGUCUUCCUGGCCGUCAUGAAAGCCAUUCCAAUGGGUAUAGAACUACUCUCCGAACGCCAAGAUUUCCGCAGGUUUUUCGACCUCGUACCGAUGAAGCCCGGACAAGGUGCUGCCUUUCUUCAUCAUAUCUUCACAUGGAUUGACUCGGCCAUGAGUACCCCUUCCUACUUCCUUCUCCCUGACAUUGUCAAGGAAGGCCUCGAGGACCAGGUUCUAAUGAGCCUGCUUCAGGGCCGCGACCAGAAGAUGAAGUAUCGUCAACGCAACGAGCAAUUCAAGCAACACACCUGUAAUCGAUGCAGCAAUACCCUGAUUCGAACCUUUUUCCGACUGGAGAUGGAAAUCCGGCGGCCAGAGCAUUGGGUUUGUCGCAUGUGUGACCUGCAAUACGCCCUCAACGGAGAGGCUCACCAUCGGUUGAUCGAGAAGAGGGAACUCCUCAACACGUUCCUUUCCUCGUCGGAUGAAAGUGUGCAGAGCCCGGGCCAGGUCAUGGACAGAGACCUCCAAGAUACCGUCGCACCGCUCCUCGUCAACCCCUUUGCUCGUUCUCCGGCACUCCACAGCGUGGCUCGUGCCGAAGCCGUUCGAAACCACCAAAACCUGCCCAGAGUACUGGACCUCAUCGCGCCCGAGAGGGAUUACGCCAUUCUCGGAGCUUCUGGAGAGGCAGCACUGCUUGACGUGCAUAACAAGCUACAGGAGCUGAGGGGUAUCUAUAUGGACCAUCCAACGCUUACGAAGCAGACUAUUCCCACCUGGGCUCGGCUUAACGGCAAAAGAAUCCGUAACCAGUCAUGGGAAUAUAUUCUCUGGAAGGACGCGGUGAAAGACUCUGCGGAGCACCAAGCGAGUCGAUUCUGGUAA